AUGUUGGGAUAUUCACAACUAUUGUCAAUAUCAGCAAUUCUGCUUGUUAUCUGGCCAUCCGUGUUAACAAAGAAGGGCUGCAGCUUCAAGCACGGAGGUUGCACCUAUAACAUCCAGCUGAACCACAACAAACACAGCAUGGGAAGAGAGACUGGGCACAAUGAAUGUGGCAACAAAGAGCAGCAGGUGUAUCUGGACAGUACCCAGAGUGACUAUACUUCCAAAAUCGAUGACAUGGAGAAGAACUUUUCCUUCCUACGUGACGCUCACGAACAGCGGCUGAAGGUGAGUCUAUGUUGUGCCAUUCUACAAAGAAAAAAGGGAGGGCGUGCUUCAGAUGUUAUCCUUAAAAGUGUGAGAGAAAUGACAAAAACCAUACCAUUAUCUUUCUUGUAUACCAGUGGUCCUCAACCUUUAGGUCGCGACCCCUUUUUUGAAGAGUUUGCCAAACUAAAACAAGAACUGAAGAAGAAAACGUCAGAGCUGAUAGACACCAGGAUCAAACUCAACGAGACGAGUACUUUGGUACACGAGGCCAGGCUCCAGAAUUUCAUGACCAGCAAGGAACUUCUUAACGCUGAGAACGAGAUUACAAUCUUGAAGCGUGAGAGAGCGGUGCUCAAGAACCAACUCAAGGACCGCAAUUACAAACUAGACGUCUCUUCACAGAAGGCAACGGAGUGUGAGGUCAAAUCCACAGACCAACAGGACAAGAUGGUGGAGGUAAAUCAUGAUCACUGUCAUCAACAUCAUUUUUGUCGUCUUCAUCAUCAUCAUCAUCAUCAUCACCGUCCUGUCAUCACCAGAAUUAGCACCUUCUGCGGCUUUGAAGAUCCGAACCUUUGCGGCUUUACCAACAUCAAUGACACUUCAGACUUCUUCGACUGGGAACGAGGCCGAGGUCUGACUCCUUCACCAGGGACAGGGCCUUCUAAAGAUCAUACUUGCGACGGGCCCAAGGGACAUUUCAUGUACAUCGAAGCCUCGGCCAAGGGGCGGGGCAGUAAUGCUAUCUUGUACUCGCCGCUGUACCGGGGUAUGAGCGAGCAAUGUGUGGAGUUCUUCUACCACAUGAACGGCAAACAUAUUGGCACACUCAAUGUUUACGCACAGCCAAGAGGAGAUAACUUGAAGUCUGCCUGGCGAGCCUAUGGUAACCAAGGAGACUUCUGGACCAGCGCCAGACUUGCCAUCCCUCAGGAGUUGGCCAGAACAGGUUAUCAGAUUGCCUUUGAGGGGAUUACAGAGAAAGGAUAUCUGGGAGACAUAGCCAUCGAUGACGUCAGCGUCACAGAUGGACCGUGUCCCGUAGACGAGAAGGUAGUGCCAGUUCGUGUGGCCAUCAACUCUACCAAGAUCCUGAACCCAGCCAAGGCAUUCGCCCGAAAGAUUCGAGUUAAGGACAAGAAGAACACAUCUGGGGGUGACAGACAAGAUAAUGACAACUGA